AUGUGUGCCAGGAGGCUGAAUUACGCGGGCGGCGACAACUUGCCACUUUAUGCCACGCCAGAAGAAGCCAUGAAAGCGGGUCAAAGACGAGAUGAGGAGGAGAGAAGAAGGCGUGCUAGAAAAUACGAAUAUCUGCCGCCAGUUCAAAAUUCUAGACAGAGCUCGGCUCCCCCGAUGGCGAUACCGGUACAGCGUCCGAUGAACCCUUCAUUCAACGGCAUGCCUGUAACUCAGUCAAUGCCUCAGAUACCGCCAGUUCGAUACUCUACGACUCCACAGCAUUCUCAGCAGCUUCAACAACAACAGCUUCAACAACAACAGCAGCAACAACAACACAACUCCAGUAUGAUGCGAUACCAUUCCAUGCCACAGCCCGUGACCCGUGCUUCAAGGCCCCGACCGGUGCCCGCUGCGCCAGCACAUACGCCCAAAUCGCCGCCAGCGAUUCCUCCAGCACGGUCACGAACAUCUUUGGAUGAGACCGGUGGCAAUGCAAAUGGCGGGGAUUCGCAGCAGGACUCAAUAGAUGCGCAGAUCGCGACUCAACUGUUCCACAACCACGAUGUCAAACAGCGAGGCCGACUCACCGCGGAAGAGCUCCAGAAUCUACUCCAAAACGACGAUAAUACACAUUUUUGCAUCUCUUCCGUCGACGCACUCAUCAAUCUUUUUGGUGCCUCGAGAUUCGGCACCGUGAACCUCAGUGAGUUUGUGUCUCUUUACAAGCGUGUCAAAAAGUGGCGUAAGAUCUAUGUGGACAACGAUAUUAACGGCAGUUUUACGAUAACCGCCAGCGAGUUCCACAACAGUUUACAAGAACUGGGCUAUCUCGUGCCCUUUGACGUUAGUGAAAACCUCUUCGAUCAAUACGCAGAGUUCAUUGAUCCCUCCAAAAACGGCAAAGAGCUCAAAUUCGACCGUUUUGUAGAAACGCUGGUGUGGCUAAUGCGUCUCACCAAGAUGUUUCGAAAAUUCGACAACAACCAAGAGGGCGUCGCUACGGUGCCCUACAAGGAUUUUAUUGACUUGACGCUAUAUUUGGGCCGCUUUCUACCUCAUUAA